AUGAACUUUAUUCCUUCUUCUUAAUUGUCUUUAGAACGAUUUUCAAGUUAGCAAUUGUAUUAGAAGUAAGUAAAGGAUAUGAAAAGGAAGAAUUUGGCUGGGACACUCUGGGAAAUAGUAAAUAAGAUGUCGAGAAAAAAAGAGAAGAAAGAUAAAUGGAAUGAAAAUUAUGUUAGUGAAUUUUCUUAAAAUAUCAAUCGCGGGGCUCUAUCAUGUUUUACUGAGCUUUGCACUGAAUUGGCUUGCAAUAAUAAAAUAACUGAAGUCAAUUUGUCUAGAUGUAAUAUUAACAUCUAUUAUGCCAUUGAGUUGGCUAAUCUGGUUCAGAAGAAUACAAACAUAUAAGUAUUGUAAUUGGCUGGAUGCAAUUUGAAUUCUUUCUCUCUAAGUUGUAUAUUCAAAUCAAUGAUAGAUCAUACAGGGCUGACUCAUUUGAAUCUCUCAAAUAACAAGGGUUUCACUGUGACAUCGGUUGAAGAUUUUUGUAAAUAUGUCUUAAAAGGCAAAAAUCCAUUACUUGAAAUAAAUUUAAGCUUUUGUAAUCUUGACAAUGCUUCUCUUUCGCUCAUUUUACCAAACCUGAAGCAUUUGAGAUCGUUAAAACGAUUCAUCAUUUCCUUGGUGAACUUUAAUUCCUCAGAGAGUAUUCUCGCUUUGAGUAGUGCAAUAAUCAAUUAUACAGGUAAUAAAUCAUUAGACUACUUGGAUGUCUCUUGGAAUUGGAUAACAAAUCAGGGUCUUGAACUCUUGAGUGUAGCCUUAUUCAUGUCAGUGAGACAAAUAAAUAUUAGAUCACUGAAUUUGGAGUAUAAUUAAUUGACAUAAGAAUGCAUAGAAUCUUUGGAAACCAUAUUGUUGAAAUUGAAUAUUGAGGAAAUUAACUUAUCAAAAAAUAAGAUAUCUGAAUUCCAGAAUCAACAAGUCUUAAACAAAAAGAUGAGUAGAGUGGACUUAUCAUACAAUAGAUUUGAGGAGAUCCCAACUAAUUUCUUUUUGAAUGUCCUCUCUCUAAAUUUAUCGAAUAAUUCCAUUAAAACUCAAGGUGCCUAUUAAAUUUCUUAGGUUGUGAGUUCCAAGAAGGUGAUGUGGAUGGAAUUGAAUUUGAAUAACAAUGAAAUUUGCACUUAAGGCUUUGUGUCUUUGAUAUAUGCCCUAAUAGAAAAUUAAAGGUUAAUAAGUUUAUCAGUGGCAAAUAAUAAUAUUAGUGGCGAAGGUAUAUUGGUUUACAUCUUCAAUCAUGAACAAUUGAAUUUGUAGUAUUUAGAUUUAUCAUACAAUUAUCUAAGGUAUGAUUUAGUUUAUGCAUUAAUUUCGAUGAUGAAGGAAUGCAAAUUAAGAACACUGGUAUUAUCAAAAUUAAGACAAGAUGAAAAUGACAUCUGCAGUGGAAGGGAAGAACUGAUUGAAAUUAAAUGUACAAAUUUAAGACAACUUGACUUCUCUGAGAAUAGUUGUAUGAUGUCAUCCAUUCUGAAUUCAUUAUCAAAAUAGUUCAAUAGAAUAGAAUAUUUGAAUUUGAAUGGAUGUGAAAUUAAUUAAACACCUUUGGUAGAUGCACUUACUUCUUUUCUAUCUAACACUUAAACCUUGCAAACACUAUUAUUGGCAAGAAACAAUUUGGGUAAGAUGGAUGAAAAGAAUUUAAAGACAUUGAAUGAUGGAUUCUUCAAAAAUAACUCUAUAACCUAUUUGGAUAUAUCUUCCAACAAAUUAAAAAUUAAAAUAUUAUCUCUAAUCCCUGGAUUAUCUAAUUGUAGAUAUCUAAAAUAUUUGAACAUCAGUAAUAAUUUAAUUUAUGAAACCAAAAACCUUAUUAAUGAUUUCCCUAAAUUGCUUUCAAAUAUUAAUUUAUAAUUUUUAGACAUAUCUAGAAAUUAAAUUGGAGGAUAGACUCUGUAAUUGGCACGCAAAAAAUUAUUAAAAUAAUAUCGAUAAUUCCCUCAGAUUAAGAUGUAAAAACAGCAAUUCACAGCUGACGAUUUACACGUAAUCACCUAAAUUAUCUCUGAAUCACAUUCGAUUAAGAGAUUGGAGUUGUAAGAUAACGAUUCCUUAGAUUAUAUGAAUAAUGUAAUGAAGUAUGGAAAUGAUGUCAAGGUGGAGUCACUUUCCAUAAACAAAAUUUUAUUUCGAUAUGAUAGUUUCAGGAAUUUGAUAAAAACAAUUGAAGAAAACUACAAGCAUAUUCGAUUUUUAGAAAUAUCAAAUACCUUGCUCUUUUAGGAAUAGCUAAUAGAAUUAUUUUCCUCAAUCAAAUUGAUAAAGAAUUUGGUUGUCAUCAUUUUAGAUUAUUAGUCAUUCAAAGAGAAGGAUGAGAAGGUCUUGGACACAUUAUACAGUUGUUUGAAUUGCUUUAGGAAUGUCAAGCAUUUUAGUGUAAGAAAAUCUACUUUAAGUUAUUCGUUUUAUGUUUUUGUAUCUGAAUUACUUAGAAUAUCUUCAAAAUUAAUGGAAUUAGAUCUAAGUGGGAAUGUCAUUAAUAUUAACGAUUUCUAAGUGUUGUGCGAUGGACUAUUUUCAAAUUCAAGUGUGACAACUCUCAAUUUAAAGAAUUGCAAAUUGACUGAUGAGUCAAUACUUUAACUAAUGCCAUGUUUACAUUAACAUUCUUCAAUUAAAAAUAUAGAUAUUUCUCAAAAUGAACUUUCUUUGAGUACUUUGAAUCAAAUUGAAAAAGUACUAGGUGGUCAUAGAAGUUCCAUCUAAACAUUAAAAUUAUAGAAUUUAUAGACCUUCUGGGAUGUGGAUACGAUCAAACAUCAACAUCAAGUAAACAAUCUUUUAAGGAAUCUAAAACAUAUGGAUCUGUCUAUGAAUUCUAAAUAGAAUGAGAAUAUCAUUUAAUUGUUGGAUCAUUUCAUAUAAAUGAAAACAAUUGAAAACAUUUAAAUCUUGACACUUAAUUAUUGUGGCAUAAUGGAUGAUUAAUGCGAAACUUUAGCUAAAUUGAUUGAAGAUAAUAAAAUAAUAAAAGAAGUAUCUUUGAUAGAAAACAGGUUUACUUGGAAAGGUUUUAAACUUAUCUUUGAUCCUAUACUAAACAAUAAGAGUUCUUUAAUCAAACUAAAUAUAUCAAAAAAUUUUAUUGAUGAGUAAUAUUUCAAGGAUUUAACACCAGCAAAAAUAAUACCAUUAACUAAUUUUCGUUUAUUAAUUAUAGAUGGAAAUAAGUUCAAAGAACAUGCUUAAGGAAUUACCCUACUAUUACAAAAGAAUCCUAGACUUUACAUUUACAAUAAUUGGAUGAAUGUGACAGAAGCCUUUGCUUAAUAGAUCAUUAAUCAAUAUGUGUUAUUUGCAAGUGAAAUUAAUUUAACCAAAGAAGUACCUCAAUAUCUUACACAAUUGAUAAUUAGAAACACAAAACUCAGUGAUCAAUUUUUUAUAUGGUUUGGAUGUCAAUAUUUUAAAUUUCCUUAUUUAGAAGUCAUUGAUUUCCGAGGAAGUACAAAACAUAUGACAAGCUUGAGUAAAAUGCACAUGUACAUAGACAUAAUAAAUGAAAAUUUUGUAAAUUACAACAUUAUCGAAGUAUGUUUUGAUCAGAAUUAAGCUGAAUUGCCUAAUCAAUUUGAUGAUGGAUUGUUUAAAUAUUGGUUACUCAAUUUGAAAGUCUUCUUAUAGAAUAAGAAUCACAUAUCAUUGUAGAAGAUGGGGUAUAUUGUAAAUGAGACUGAACAGGUGAGAUGGGGUAAAAUUGGCAAAUGGCUAGUACAUUUAAUCAACAAAACACUGAAUUUAAUUUAGGGUCUCAGUUACGAUUUCAGAUUUAGCAGUUCGUUGCACAGUUAUACAAGGAAAAAGUUGACUAAAAUCAAGGUAUAUAUGGCGAUAGGGUCAGCAUUGGAAUUCAUUAAAAUUAUGUUGGGUAUUGGGGCUCUCUCAAUGAGAACACCUAUAAAAGCUAGCUUUUUUAAUUGUGAAAAUACGACUAAUUAAUGUUUUCAAAAUGAUCUUCAUCAAGGAUUUUUUGGAGAAGUCUGCGUUUUCUUUAUAUUGAUUCUAUCCUAAACAUUUGCUAGUCUACUGCUAGCUAUAAAUAUCAGAUUAAAGGCCACUCCUGAUUAUUGCAUCCAAACUACAGAAAUGGUUAGAUUUCAACGAUUUAAAUUUGCUCAUAAGAAUGAAGUGUGGCUCUGUAUAUUGUAGUUCAUUAUUUCCUUUAAUUACUUUCUGGAAUGCAGAAUUAUAGGAUCCAAUUUAGAGGUUAUCUCUUAUAUUACGGAUAACAAGUAGGAUAACCUAAUUGGACUCAAAAAUCUUAUAAUCAUUGUUCUUAGUUUUAUGGCAACAUUUUUGUUACUAAAAACAAUUUUUUAAAUGUACAUUACAGUCAAGUUUCUCUUCCUUUUUUUAUAGACUCCUAAUGCAGAUUAAGCUAAUAUACUCCAAUAGUGCAUGCUCAAAGUGCAAGCUGAUAGUAUGCUUAAUAUCGAAUAAGUACUGAGCAAUUUCUGUCCUUAAUCAGGGUUAUAUAUUAAAGAAAGACUGUGGAACUAUAAGCAGAUCUUUGAGUUAAUUCAUGGAUUCUUAGAGUUUGCUAUAUUAGUUGAUGUUCUUAUUCUUGCAAAAUAUAGAAAAAACUUCUUCAUUGAAUAAUAGGUAUCCAAUAUGUUUACAUCAACUGAUAUUGUAACUAUCAUUUACGAGAUUGUCACAAUAAUCAAGAUUCUUAUACAUUUCUAUUAGGCUUUGUUAUCAAGACCUCCAUAAUUAAAGGUCUCUGAUCUCAAUGAGGUGUUAUUAUUAAGAAGAUAUGAAAAAUUAGGUAAUUCCUUAUAAAUCAUACAAUAAAUACCCAAAAAAGAAAGAAAACAAUCAUCUUUAUAAUCUAUUACUAAAAAGAGUGGUCAGGACUUUAAAUUCGGAUCUAUCAUGAAAACUAAAAGUGACAGAAGCAUCAUUUUACAAAAAAACAAUAUUUAGUAGUUUGACGAAGAAAUAGAUUAUAUUCAAGAGAAUAUAUAACUUCCAAUGGGGACAAUUAAAUAUAAAUCUAUGAAAAGCAUUUAAUUAAAUACUUGA